AUGUUUCGAAAAAAAUUUAAAAACGCCGCUAAAGUUAUAGCAAAAACUUCUAUUAUAUCAAAAAAAUUUUCAGCUACACGAUUUCUAAAUCGAAAGCUUGCACCUGAGUUAGUCGACGACGUCUUGGAACAAAUUUUCUGGAUAUUAACCGACCCUUCGGAAGAUGAUGGAGCGCCUGGGCUUCAAGCAUACACAAAUCUUUUUCGAUGUAUGCUAGUGAACAAAAGUUGGUGUGCUUCAGCUGUAUCAAUGCUUCAUAAACAUCCUUGGCGUCUUCAUCGUCUAUACACGCUACGCACAACCGACUUAGCCUAUGACCGGUGUCAAUUAGUGAAAUUAUAUUUGACAAUGUUGGAUCAUGACGAAAGAAAGCCAUUGUUGGAUAAAGGGAUUGAAUUACCUGAGCCAAAUGAUGAUCCAAUGUUUAACUAUCCAGCGUUUGUCAAAUAUUUAGAUUAUGGAGUAAUGGUUUCUUCUGUGUGGACAAUUUACUCCACUAGUUGCUAUACAUAUGACCAAAAUGAAUGGGUUAGUCUGGUAGUCCGCGCGUUACUUCGACUUUUCGCGAGUCAUUCGGGAAGAUUACAAUGGCUUCGAUGUGCACCAAUGAGUUUCAGUUUUGAUGAGAUGUAUUAUUCUGUGCUAUCGGACCCAGAAUUUAGCAAUCUAUUGUCUCCCGUCGCUUAUUUAAUAAUAGAAGCAAAUCUUGGUGGUGACAAGAAGCUCUUUCGUCUUUUGUCAGAUACUUUCCAAAAUGUGAAACAUUUAGAAAUAACCGAUUUGCCACGAGCCCGUAAUUGGCAAGGAGAUUCUUCAGCUUGGUUCACCACAGAUUUUGGUACAGUCAUUGAAUCUCAAGCGAGUCUCGAAUCAUUAGUACUAAAAGAAUGUGCCGGCUAUCUCUGCAGUAUAAUUAACACAAUACCGAAUCAAGCGAAAACAUUACGAAUGUUAAAAUUUAUCGAUUGUGAUUUUCGCGGAUGUGGUCCAUGGAAAGGAAUCGAGCAAUGUACAAAGUUGGAACGAAUCGAGUUUGUUCGCUGCAUAAAUAUUACCUCGUUGAUGGUCAUGCCAUUAAACAAAGCUCAACACCCGUUUCUGCGAAAAGUUGUCGCGUAUAAUGAUCGCGAUCAGCCAAUUAUUUGUUCAGAGUUAAUGAAUUGGGCUUGCCGGUAUCCAUAA